AUGUCAUCAGAGUAUGCCCAAUUAGUAGCUAGCCUCACCCCAGAAGCUAUCCAACAGAAAUGGCCAGAAAUCACUCCAUUGAAGCAGAUUUCUGGUAUUCCAAGAUCAGCUGGGUCUGAUACAUCGUCUACUCAGUCAUCAACACAGGAAACCGAAUUAUUUGAUGGCCACGACGAAGAACAAAUCAGACUCAUGGAAGAACUCUGUAUCAUUUUGGACUAUGAUGAUCACCCCUUAGGUGCAGGUACCAAGAAACUUUGUCACAUUAUGGAAAACAUUAACCAGGGUCUUUUGCAUCGUGCAUUUUCGGUGUUUUUGUUCAACGAAAGUGGGAAACUAUUAUUACAACAGAGGGCAGACGAGAAAAUCACUUUUCCCGCAAUGUGGACAAACACAUGCUGCUCUCAUCCAUUAUGUGUGCCGCUGGAGCUUGGGAUCGAUGUCAAAAGUGGUGCCAAAGAUGUUAAUUCACUAGACGUUGCUGUUCAAGGUGCUAAGGUUGCCGCACAACGUAAAUUGGACCAUGAAUUGGGUAUUUCAUUGCAAGACGUGCCCAUUGAAAACUUUACCUACUUGACUCGUAUCCACUACAAGUCUGCAAGUGGAGAGGAACAAACCUCGAAAUGGGGAGAACACGAAAUUGACUAUAUUUUGAUUUUGAGAACCAAGGACGAUAUCACGAUCAACGCCAACUACAACGAAGUAAAAGAUUACAAAUAUGUAAGCGCUGAUGAAUUGAAGGAGAUGUUCAAUGAUGAAAACUUGGUGUUUACACCGUGGUUCAAGUUGAUCUGCCAAACUUUCUUGUUUAAAUGGUGGAGCAACUUGGAUAAUUUACAGCAAUUCAAAGACGAUGAGAUACACCGUUUACUUUAG